UUUCUCAUCUCCACUUCCACUUCAAAAUUCCUUCAAAGAAAAUGGGUUGGCUUGCUCACUUUCUCAGCUUCCUUUUGUUUCACUUGCAUUUUCAUGCUUCAUCUUUUUCUUUCAAUUCCUCAUCUUCAGCAAUGCUUUGUCAACAUGACCAGAGUCUUGCCUUGCUCCAAUUCAAGAAAACCUUUUCCAUUACAAGUGAUGCCUCUACCUGGGAAUGGGAUUCCUCUUACCCCAAGCCUUCUCCCAAGAUAGAAUCUUGGAAAGAGGGCACAGAUUGCUGCUCGUGGGAUGGGAUCACCUGUGACUUAGAAACAGGUAAUGUAAUUGGCCUUCACCUUUCUAAUAGCUUGCUCUAUGGUCCCAUCUAUUCUAACAAUCCUCUUUUCUUCCUUUAUCAUCUCCAAAGCCUCGACCUCUCCUACAAUGAUUUCAACAAUUCUCACCUUUCACCUCAGUUUGGCCAGUUUUUGAAUUUAACGUAUCUUAACCUUAGCUCUUCUAAUUUUGGGGGCGAAUUCCCUUUCGAAAUUUCUUAUUUGUCAGGUUUGGUGUCUCUUGAUCUUUCUUGGAACCAUUUUUUGAUUCUAGAAACCACUAUUUUCAACAAGCUUGCUCAAAACCUAACCCAAUUGCAAGAAUUGGACUUGACUUUUGUAAACAUGUCUUUGGUCGCGCCUAGUUCCUUGAUGAAUUUGUCUUCUUCUUUAACAUAUCUCAAACUUAGGUAUUGUGGAUUGCACGGAAAAAUUCCAGAUAUCAGUCAUCUAUCCAAAUUGUUUACACUUCAUCUGUCUCGGAAUUUUGGUUUUGAUUAUUAUGGUGGUUUGAGUAUAGAACCAAUGAUUUUUGAAAAGCUUGUUAGAAAUCUAACCAUGGUAAGAGACCUUGACUUGAGCAUAGUAAACAUGUCCAUAGUUGCACCUAGUUCUUUGAUGAAUCUCUCUUCUUCUUUGUCAUCACUUGCUCUCGAGUUUUGUUGGGCUUCUGGUUGUGCAAUGGGUUCAGUUUCUGUUGCUGGUUGUGCAAUGUCAGAAUGUGGCAGGUUGAAUCCUGUUUUGGAUAGGUGGCUGUGGAAAGUGGUGGAGGUGUCUCUUGUGGAGGGGAAUCGGGGUUGGGAGGUCGCAUUAACAAUGGCGAAACUUGGAGAGGAGAAGUUUGAGGGGAAUGGGGGGGCGACUCCAUUGGUUCCCGAUAGUGAGGAUGGAGGAGAUGAGGGCGGAAAUGAAAAAUGUAGGGAGAAAUUAGGGUUUAUGCGUUGA